AAUGUAUUAGACAUAACUUGGGAGUCUGUUGGAAUACUAUCUGAUCCUGUUGUUUUGAUAGAUGGGACCGAAGGUGCAUUAGAGAGAUUCAAGAAUCUCACAAAGUUGAGGUUAUAACCAGUGUCCGCCAUGUAAAUCUGGCGGGCUCUGAGAGGAUAUUGUAUAGCCAUGACGAAAUUUCAAGGUCAUCAGAGGAUAAUUGUCUGUGACUCGAUGAAGGAGAGCUGGUGUGACCAUCUCUAUGGUUCGGUUCAGAAGAAGUCUAGUUGGCCAUUUCAGAAAAAGGUUGCUCUGAGAAUUGCUUGAGGAUUAGCUUAUUUGCAUUAUGGAGCACAACCUGGUAAAAUUUACAGUGAUAUUAAAGCUAGUAAUAUACUUUAGAUGAUGGCAUAGAAGAACAGAUACAUGUCACAAUCACAACAUUUAUCAGAUUGAUCAAUUCAAAUUUACAUUGUCAGUCAAUGUUUUGAGAUAAUGUAACUAACAGGUUGUAAAAACAGAACAAUUGCAAGCUUUGAACGGCAUUUAAAAAAUUGCCAAUGGGAAGUCAAUGGUUACUAGGCUUGCUGAAUCUCCUGUUAAUGUCUUCAAUACCAUAAAGGGAGCUUUCCAAAGUAACCUUAUAAUGAAGGUCUUGAUCAUAAUCUCAGACUACCAGCACUAAUGAUGUCGAAGUUUAUCCUCUUCGUGGUACUGAAUCUGUGUUUCGUGUCAUCCCAAUCCACCAGCACCAGCAUCAACUGUCCACUCGAUUUCACCAUCCUCAGCCACCUUAGUGCAGCUUCCAGAAAUUCCACAGACGUUAUCAGUCAAUGCAAGUUAAUCCUGCAAGGUAUCCGUCUUGUCCAAUCUGAUUAUCUCCGCCAUUCAAACUCCUUCCUUGUCUCCACUGCAUUUACUGAGUCUUGCUGGCAAUCAUUGCAAUCUGUUUUCAAUGAAUACCCACACAGUUUCAAUAUCAGGUCCACCUGUGGCUUUCAAGCUCAAUUCAUCACACAAGGCUGCAAUAACAUCACAACCAGGGGACAAUACGAGGCCAAAAACUCACACUUGACUUUAAAUAACGUCGUUAAAUCUUGUAAGAAGACAUUGCAGAACAGGAAUUUUUGCGCAGAAUGUUCACUAGCUACUAGUGGACUUGGACCAUCUGAUUCUCAUGAGGCUCUUCCAAGUGAUGUAAAAGGUGAGAAAGUUUAUUAUGAAUCGGAUUGUGUGGGGUAUAGGUGGAUGUAUGCAGCUGCCUUUGGUAAUUCUUAUGGUCCAGCUGAUAGGCAUACUGCUAAUUGUUUGCUUGCUCUUACUUUUGAUAGUCCCAAAUCCAACAAGAAACACAUAAAGACUAUAACUUUUGUGUUUUUGGCAUUCGGUUUUCUGAUUCUGGUGAUGGCUUGUGUCGGAUUUUGGUUGAUGUGGAGAUAUAAGUUGAAUAUGUACAAGAGACAGAAAAAGAUUUUUAAUUCUAGUCCUGAUUUGGAUAUGAUUGGUGGAGACGCUACAUUGAUCAAGUUUACCUUUAGUGAAGUUCAGAAAGCAACUAAUAAUUUCUCGUUGUUAAAUAUAAUUGGGAGGGGAAAAUAUGGUAAUGUGUUUAAAGGUGUUCUGCCUGAUGGGACUGAAGUUGCAGUAAAGAGGUUCAAGAAUUGUUCUGCUGCUGGCGACACCAGUUUUGCUCAUGAAGUUGAGGUUAUAGCCAGCGUUCUUCAUGUGAAUCUAGUGGCGCUAAGAGGAUACUGUAUAGCCAUAACAAAGUAUGAAGGUCAUCAACGGAUAAUUUUGUUUGAUUUGAUGAAGAAUGGGAGCUUGGAUGACCAUCUCUUCGGCUCAACUGAGAAGAAGUUGAGUUGGCCAAUUCGACAAAAGAUUGCACUUGGAACAGCUAGAGGAUUGGCUUAUUUGCAUCACGGGGCACAACCUUGUAUAAUUCAUAGGGAUGUUAAAGCUAGUAAUAUACUUUUGGAUGAUGAUUUUGAGCCCAAAGUUGCAGAUUUUGGCCUUGCUAAGUUUGCACUUGAGGGAGUGUCACACUUGAGCACUCAUGCUGCUGGAACAAUGGGUUAUGUUGCCCCCGAGUAUGCUUUGCUUGGACAGUUGACAGAGAGAAGUGAUGUUUAUAGUUUUGGGAUUGUGCUUCUUGAGCUUUUGAGUGGGAAAAAGGCACUUUUUGAGCAUCAAGAUGACCAGUAUACUCUUCUGGCAGAUUGGGCAUGGUCACUAGUAAGAAAAGGGAGACCACUGGAUGUUGUUGAAGAAGGCAUUGCGGAGUUGGGACCAGUAGAAAUCAUGGAAAAUUAUGUCUUUCUUGCCGUAAUUUGUUGUCACCCUCAGUUAUAUGCCAGGCCUACAAUGGACCAAAUUGUGAAGAUCUUGGACUCACUUUCACCGGUUCCUGUUAUACCUGAGAGGCCUGUUUCAGUUAACUAGUUCUACAUAUAGGCAGUACGUUGAUUUCAUUUGCAGUAGUUCUAAUCUCUUCCACCCGCAAGGAUGUUGUGGGAUUUUAUGCGGCAGUAGGAUUUCUUGUUAUUACAUAUUUUAGUGGAAUUGGGAGGUUUUGGUAUGAGGGGAUGUUCUUUUUUGUUUUUCUGGUGUGCAAGAUCCUUACUAAAAUCACUUGUGUCUGGUUUCAUCAUAGAUAUCAAUAUUUUAUCUCAA